CCCCAGCGGCGGCGUCGACAAUGUAUGCUUGCUCAGGCGAUCAGAGAGGAUAAACACGGAAGCGCCGCCGUCCUCCGCUAUUUCCAGGCCAGCUAGCCUGGGGGCGCGGCGCUCUCCAUUCUCCAGCCGUCGUCACGGGACGCAACGUGACAAAGGAAACUGGCCGGCGUUGCGACAAAGCCCAGCUCCUGUCGUGUGGCGACAUGUGAUCGAAUCGAGUGCGCGAGAGCCUGGGACUGAGAGGGCCGGGCAGGGUUCUUCUGCGCGCGCGGCGUUAGGCCACUUCUCGUCGCAGAAACUAUGUAUUGUAGUUGUAGGUAUAGUUUAUAUAAAUUAAUAUAAUAGAAAUAGAAACCAUGUGUGUGUGUGGUUUUCAGCACCGUGGCUCUUAGCUUCUCGUGUCCUGGCCGUAAGCAUUCCGUGCGAUGCCUCCGCUGUCCGGCCGUCGUGGUCUCGUCACGCACGCACACGUACACACACCUCGCUUGAUAUGAUGCCCGUGUGCUCUCAGGUCUCAAACAACGCUGUCCGUCUCUCCGGCGCGGAGGGGAUAAAAGUCUCGGCGUGAACUCCUGGCCAGUCUUUUGCUGCUGCCAUAUCCGCGCGCACUGCCGGCCGGCCAGCCAGCCAGCCAGCGCGCGCGUGUCGCGGCGGAGCUAGAGGGCUAGGUAGCAGAGUGGUGGCCAGUGCCGCGGGUUGCGUUGGGAUGGCGGCGCUUGUGGCGCUGACGCUGGCGCUGGCGCUGACGGCGGCAGUGACAGCGACGGCGAAGGAGUGCACCAACAUCCCGACGGAGCUGUCGUCGCACACGGUGCGGGCGCGGCUGCAGGCGGCGCCGGGCGGAGCGGCGGAGUGGCGGUGGCGCGAGCUGUUCCACGAGCACCUCAACCCCACCGACGAGGCCGCGUGGAUGGACCUCAUGCCGCCGCCUGGCGCCGCGGCUGCGGCGCAACACCAGCAGCACCACCGCCAGGAGGAGCUCGACUGGGUGAUGCUCUACCGGUCGCUCAAGGGCCAGCAGCAGCAGCAGCCGGUGGGGGGCGGCACCGCCGCAGCCGGGAGUACGCCGUUCCUGGAGGAGGUGUCCCUGCACGACGUGCGCCUGGACCCCGACGGCGACGUGGCGUACGGGCGCGCGCAGCAGACGAACCUCGAGUACCUGCUGCUGCUGGACGUGGACCGCCUCGUCUGGAGCUUCCGCUCCCAGGCGGGGCUGCCGGCGCCCGGAACCCCCUACGGCGGCUGGGAGAAGCCUGACAGCGAGCUCAGGGGCCACUUCGUCGGUCACUACCUGAGCGCGACGGCCAAGAUGUGGGCGAGCACGCACAACGGCACGCUCGCCGGCAGGAUGUCGGCGGUGGUGGACGCGCUCGACGAGUGCCAGCGCGCCGGCGGCACGGGCUACCUCUCCGCCUUCCCCGCCGAGUUCUUCGACCGCUUCGAGGCCAUCAAGCCCGUCUGGGCGCCCUACUACACCAUCCACAAGAUCAUGCAGGGCCUCCUCGACCAGCACGUGGUGGCCGGCAACGGCAAGGCGCUGCGGAUGUUGGUCGCCAUGGCCGACUACUUCGCCGGCCGGGUCAGGAACGUCAUCCAGAGGUACAGCAUCGAGCGCCACUGGACGUCGCUCAACGAGGAGACCGGAGGGAUGAACGACGUGCUCUACCAGCUCUACACCAUCACGCACGACCAGAGGCAUCUGGUGCUGGCCCAUCUAUUCGACAAGCCAUGCUUCCUGGGUUUGCUUGCGGUGCAGGCUGACAGCCUUUCGAAUUUCCAUGCCAACACCCAUAUUCCGGUUGUAAUUGGCGGGCAGAUGAGAUAUGAAGUUACAGGUGAUCCUCUUUAUAAGGAAAUUGCGACGUUCUUCAUGGACACAGUGAACUCCUCUCACGCAUACGCGACUGGUGGUACAUCUGUCAGUGAAUUCUGGUCCAAUCCAAAGCGAUUAGCUGAAGCUCUGACCACUGAGACUGAGGAGUCCUGCACAACUUACAAUAUGCUCAAGGUUUCGCGCCAUCUGUUCAGAUGGACGAAGGAGAUCGCGUACGCGGACUACUACGAGCGAGCGCUGAUCAACGGCGUGCUGAGCAUCCAGAGGGGCAGGGACCCCGGAGUGAUGAUCUACAUGCUGCCCCAGGGCCCCGGGAGAUCCAAGGCGAAGAGCUACCAUGGCUGGGGAACUCAGUACGAAUCGUUCUGGUGCUGCUAUGGCACUGGGAUAGAAUCGUUCUCCAAGCUGGGAGAUUCCAUUUACUUCGAGGAGAGAGGUGAGAGGCCGGCACUGUAUGUUGUUCAGUUCAUACCGAGCACGUUCAGCUGGAGAACUGCAGGCCUUACUGUCGCACAGCAGCUGAUGCCCCUCAGCUCGUCGGAUCAGUACCUUCAGGUCUCGUUCUCCGUAUCUGCCAAGACGACAAACGGUCAGUUUGCGACGUUGAACGUGAGAAUACCAUCGUGGACAUCUUUGAAUGGCGCAAAGGCAACACUGAAUGGCAAGCAUCUGGAAUUAGCAUCUCCAGGUAUGCCCAUCAGCACAGCAGAAACAGAAAGAAACGAAUAUAAUGGGAACAAUUUGUUCUCACACAGACUUUGGUUAAUGCCAGGGACAUUUCUCACUAUCAGCAAGCAGUGGGGCAGCGGUGAUCAGUUGUCACUCCAGUUACCUAUCCACCUAAGGACUGAAGCAAUAAAAGAUGACCGGCCGGAGUACGCGUCUAUACAAGCAGUCCUGUUCGGGCCGUUCCUCCUCGCCGGCCUCACCACCGGAGACUGGGACGCCAAGACCGGCGCCGCCGACGCCGCAGCCUCCGACUGGAUCACCCCCGUCCCUGUGGAGUCCAACUCCCAGCUGGUGACGCUGGCGCAGGAGUCCGGCGGCGAGGCCUUCGUCCUCUCCGCCCUGAACGGGUCCUUGACGAUGCUGCAGCGGCCCAAAGACGGCGGCGGCACCGAGGCCGCCGUGCACGCGACGUUCAGGCUCGUCCCGCAGGGAGGCGCCGGCGCGGGCGCCGCCGCGAUGCUCGAGCCGCUGGACAUGCCGGGGAUGGUGGUCACGGACAGGCUCACGGUGGCCGCGGAGAAGAGCUCGGGCGCCGCGUUCAACGUCGUGCCGGGGCUCGCCGGUGCGCCCGGCUCGGUGUCGCUCGAGCUCGCGUCCAGGCCGGGGUGCUUCUUGGUCGGCGGCGGCGAGAAGGUGCAGGUGGGCUGUGCCGGUGGUGCCCAGCAGAAGCGCGGCGACGGCGCCUGGUUCCGGCGGUCGGCCAGCUUCGCGCGGGGCGAGCCGCUGCGGCGGUACCACCCCAUGAGCUUCGCUGCCAGGGGCGUGAGGAGGAGCUUCCUCCUGGAGCCAUUGUUCACCUUGAGGGACGAGUUCUACACCGUCUACUUCAACCUUGUAGCGUGACAGACGGGAGAUGACGACGAGACCUGCAGGUCGAGGACUCGAGGUUGAUGUUGCUUCGGCCUCUGGUAACCAAGGGGGGAAAAUGUUGAGUUGGAGGUGGAGUGUCGGACAGUUAUGUUUAGAGAAAAGAGAAUGAUUUUCCCAUAUUCACCGAAUGAUCCGCGGCCGCCUAUUUCUGCUUCAACCAUUCAUCAUCGUCGCCAUAAUUCUAACCACUUCUUGGGUC